AUGUGGCCGUUUGUCGAGACCGUGGCUGCGCGACGAUCAAGCCGCAACCGACCUGCGGAGAUGGAAGUGUUGAAGUCGGUGACUGUCACGAAGGCUACGUACAAGAGAAUGUUAGUCGACAAUGUUCUUCCAAGUAUCUUGGCGCGGUUUCCACAAGAAACCAAGACCAUUGUGGUUCAGCACGACAAUGCCACACCCCACGCAGUUACCUUUCAUGCUGAAGUCGUGGCGGCGAGUCAAAGCGGCGAGCGCAGAAUUGUGUUUGGGGCCCAGCCAGCGAACAGCCCAGAUCUAAACAUAUUAGAUCUGGGCUUUUUCAACUCAAUCCAGUCGUUGCAGCAGAAGAUGCCGGCCUACAACAUUGUCUUCAGCGAGCAGGUGCCACCGACCUCCCCAGUAGUGAACCGGACGAACAGGCCUUGUGUCCACAACGGAUGCCACCGCAUUCUUCAGAAGCUGCUCAAGCAGUGCAUGCGUGAUGUUGCCCGCAGCGACGCCUUUCUCAUCAAGAAGGCUCUCGAUGCCGUCACGUAUUUCACCCGGGAGCGCCCUGUCCAGCGGACCAAGCACCUAGCACUACACUUCUACUUUCUGUGGGACUUAGUCAAGAGCCGCAAGUUCACACUGACGCACCUGCCCACCAAUGUCAUGCCUGCGGACGUCUUCACCAAGCACGUGCCCAAGGAUAAUCCCCUGUUAACGGGACGGAGCGAUCCCGAUCCCGAGAAGCCGAACACGGCCAUCCAGUGCGCCGUCAAGCCACUACCCCAUGGCUACGCCAAUACCCCAUUUACGGCGCCCACACCGACCCCCGUGGCCGCGCCAUUUGAUUCUCCCGCGCCGGCUGCGACACCAACUGGCGCCACCAACCUGCCCCCUGUCCCCGAUGUCGCCGACAUGGGACAAGGCGACGAGCGCGGCUUCGUGUAUAACGCGCCGGCGCUCCCUGACCCGCCCUCGUUCAACGGCUCGUCCCAAUCGGAGCGGCGCACAUUUAUCCGCCAGUACAAAAAGUGCCUGGACCAAGUCAACGCCCUCCAGCUCAAUGGCUCAAGACCCUUCGUGAUGCCUACAGAGUGGGCCGCAUGGUUUAGCAAGGCGUUUGGAGAGGAGCCUCAAGACCUGGAAGUGCUCAAGAAGCGUUUGACGACGGCGAUCCGGUUCGAUACGACCAUCCUGGACGCCGACUCACGCAUUGGCAAGAUGCUGGACAACCUGAUGCGAGCCUUGGAGCGCGACGACCAAGCAUGGGUCUUGGACCAAGAAGGCAAGGCAGUUGUCGACAUCAUGGUCAAGGCGAUCAAGCCGGUUGGCCUGCAGCAGUCGGUCCAGCGUCAGCUGGCCCUCCAACCCAACAAGCCGUUGAAGUCCAACGUGUACCGUUUCGUUGACUGGCUGCGCGUGCAUACCGCCAGGUACCACUUGUAUGCCCCGGUGGACGACGAGAAGACCACAGCCUGCGAUGGCAGCCGCAGCACCAUCGCGGCCGUCUAA